AUGCCAUCGGAGCAGGAGAACCAGGCUAUGCACCAGCUGCAGUCCCAGCAAUCCAAAUUGUUGGACAAGAUCGAUGAGCUGCGUACCAUUGGGGUUGGGGGUCUCGUAGAGCUUCCUCAGCUCAUCGUGUGCGGCAAUCAAUCUAGCGGCAAGAGCUCGGUGCUUGAAGCCAUCUCGAGAGUGCGCUUUCCGACUAAAAGUACUCUUUGCACGCGGUUUGCGACCGAAGUUAUACUCCGUCGGAAACCACAGAAAAAGGUCAAAAUCUCUAUUGAGCCAGGUGACUCCAGAACAGACGAGCAGGAAAGAAAGAAGCUCCAAAGCUUUACUUCCGAGGUCUUCUCGGAUGGCAAUGAUCUCCCUGAUCUGAUCGAUCAGGCUAAGGCUUACAUGGGGAUCGGCGAUGACGAUCCUCAUCUUGCCGGGUUCAGUGAUGAUGUGCUCAAGGUCGAAAUCUCUGGCCCGGACAAGCCAGAGCUCACUCUCGUGGACCUUCCCGGUCUCUACUAUUCUACCAGCAAGGACCAGAACAAAGAAGGAAUCCGGAUUGUUCGGAAGUUGACGGAGAAGUACAUGGAAAACAAGCGCAGUGUCAUCCUUGCCGUCAUCAGUGCAAAGAUCGAUUAUCACCUGCAGGAGAUCUUGAACAUCGCGAAGAAUUUUGAUCCGGAAUACGAGAGGGUUCUUGCCGUCGUCACCCAGCCGGAUAUCCUGGAAGCCGGCUCGGAGGAGGAGGGCCGAUAUCUGCAAUACAUCAGAAAUGAGGAGGUCCGGCUGAAACUGGGGUGGCAUGUCCUGCGGAACCGUUCGUUCGAGACGCGUGAGUCUACCGACGACAAGCGAGACGAAAAAGAGAAAGCGUUCUUCGAAGCCGGGCGAUGGGCCUCACUCUCUCGGGCCCAGGUCGGAAUCGACAGCCUUCGGCAUCGCUUGAGCAAUGUCCUACUGAAACAGAUUUGUCGGAGUCUUCCCUAUUUGAUCACGGAUAUCCAGCAAAAGAUUGACGACCACAAACAUGAACUAGCAAAGCUUGGGGUGGAGCGAUCAACUCCUCAGCAACAGCGAGGCUUUUUGCUUAAUAUAAGCCGCAAUUUUGAGCGCAUUGCGGGUCAAGCUUUGAAUGGAAUGUACGAGGAUAAAUUUUUCGGUGGCCUGGAUGACGAGUCCUCAGACACUGAGGGUAAACGUCGACUGCGGGCGAUGAUUCGGGAAUUAAAUGAAUAUUUUGCGGAUGCCAUGUAUAUUCGUGGCUUUCGCCGAAAGCUCCCGGUCUUCGAAGUGCCGGAGCUCUUUUCACACUCGAGAAACGCAGAAUUUCAAUCCUACCUGGACUGCUGGAUACCGGAACAGGUCACUGAUGCUGAACUCCUUGAAGAAAUGAUGGAACAAGCUUCAACGAAUCGAGGUAUAGAGCUUCCUGGUAGUGCAAACCAGCUUCUCGUGGGAAGUUUGUUCCGCGAUCAAGCAAAGCCCUGGGAGGACAUCGCCGAUUGGCAUUUGACUAAAGCGUGGGAAUCAGUGAAAAACUUCGUUUGUCUGGUUUUCCAGUACCUUGCGGGCGAAGACACCUAUUCCUCGCUAUUAGGUAGCAUCCUCAUGCCAGAAUUGGAGAAGAUACAAGCUUCGUUGCGGGCAAAGCUUGACGAACUAAUCUCAUACACAAAAACCGGUCAUCCGCUGCCCGUUGGAAGAAACUUUCUUGGCCGGAUUCAGCAAAGCCGCGGCCAGCGUCAACUGGAUAUUCUGAAAAAUAACCUCAAAGGAUUCAAUAGAGAUUCACAAAAGACGUUUACUGCUGACGACCUGGAAAAGGCUGCCGCUCAUCUUCAGUCUUCCAGCGACCAGUUCGCGGUUGCGGAUAUUGCCGUUCAGAUGCAAGCAUAUUAUGAUACCGCUAUUCUCAUAUUCAUUGAUAAUGUUUGCAUUCUCGCAAUCGAGAAUUGCCUCCUCCGUCCCCUGGAGCAUAUCUUCACCAGCCAGGUCAUCAACGACAUGAACGAUGAACAAAUCCAAGAUAUAGCGGCGGAGCCACCAUAUGUUCACGAGGAGCGAGAGAGAUUGACACAAGAAUUGAAAAAAUUGGAAGCAGGAAUGCGAACGAUGAACGUUUUCAGGACCGAUGGCUCUUCUUUGGCCCCUCCGUCCAUCUUGGGUAAUGUUACCACUCGCUAA